AUGGCGGUGACGGCAGGGGUGGUGGCGGCGGCCACUGGCACCGCUAGCUUCCCCGGCGCAGAUGCACGCCAGACGCUCCAGGGCGAUUACUGUGAGCUGAGGAGGGCCCUCGACUGGGCGGCAGACUGCAUGGCACACCCAAAGACCUGCGUCCUAACUCGAUACUCAUCACCCAACGCGGAAAACCGCCUCUCUGAGAACAAGGCAGUGCAUCCCGAUGUGGAGAGCAGCUCGCUGCACAGCUUGGAGGAGGGUAGCAGGCCGGCGCAGCCGAUGCCCGAGUGGCAUCGUGAUCUGGCUCGGGAGGCGGGACGCCUGCAGUACCUGUACUUCAACUGGCGGCAGGACACGUGGUCCGACCUGCAGCUGUUCAUGGUGCUCAACACGCUGGUGUUCCUGGCGGGAGCAUGGGUGGAGGGCACCAUCAUCCGCAACAUGGAUGAUUCUAUGGAGCCGCCUCCAGAGGGGGCGGGGCCGCUGGUCACUGCCUGGUACAACCUGUACAAAGUGCUGGCAGUUGUGCUGGGCCAGGACCUGCCGACGGGGUAUGCAGGCUGGCCCAGCCAGCUGUUUGCCAUCAUCACCGCCGUGUUUGGGCUGGCAUCCUUUGCCCUGGUGCUGGCCCUGAUUGAGCAGGUGGUGCUGGAGGUGUUGGAGAACAAUGUGAAGCGCGGCAGCAUGUGCUACGAGAGGGGGCACACUGUGGUGCUGGCGUGGUGCGAGUCAUCCCGCGACAUUGCGCAGCUGACCCGCAUCCUCACGCAGCUGUGCGCCGCCAACCGCAUGGCAGGGGGAGGCGUGGUGGUGGUGCUGACGCAGCAGCGCGGCAAGCUGGAGAUGGAGCAGCUGUUUCGGGAAGUGGUGCCAGAGGAACAUCGCUUUGGCACGCGGUUUGUGUUCCGCCAGGGCAGCCCCCUGGACCCUGCUGCACUGCGCAUGGUGGCGGCGUUGGAUGCACAGCGGGUCAUUGUGUGUGGUGACUACAGCCGCCCAUCCAGGGAUGCCGAUGCCCAGGUGCUGCGGUCCUGCGUGCUGCUGGAUGAGCUCAUAGAGCACGAGGGGCCAGCUGACAGUAAUGGGCCCUUAGUGAUCAAGACAGAUGAUGCCCUGCCCUUGGUGCACUACUCGUGCAGCCGCCGGGUGAUCCCGGUGCCAACCAGUAGGGUGAAUGCUCGCAGGUAUGUGCGGCUGCUGCACAACCCAAUCGCGGCAGUGUUUUCCAGGAGCCUGAUGGACAGCUACAGCAACGCGCACGCUUGUGCAGCACCCCUGCGGCGGCGGCAGCGGCAGCAAGCCGUGGACCCAAACGCCGUGCCGCCGCCGCCGCAGGCAGCACCCCUGCGACGGCGGCGGCAGCAAGCCGUGGACCGAAACGCCGUGCCGCCGAUCAUUGAUGAGUGCCCCGAGGUGGAGGGGCUCACCUUUGCGGACCUGCACUUCCGGUUCCCAGAUGCGCUCGUGGUUGGCCUGCACAACCAGCUGACACACCACACCCAGCUGAACCCGCCGCCUGACAGGCCGGUGCGGCCGGGCGACAAUGUCAUCACGCUGCGGAAUGGCGAGUACCGCGCCCUGCCAGAGACGUUGCAGGUUGACCCCGGCGAUUGGGACCCCAGCAACUAUGUCAUGCACAGCCACGACGAGCAGCCGCUGGGCUCACAUGCCUGCUCCACCUCUGAGUCCUGCCUGGCCAUCAGUGCACGAGCGCACGGCGCUGCUCUCGCCGUGCCCCGCCGGCCCGACUCCGCACACAGCCUGGGAUCCUUUACGGCGGCCGCAACGGCAGCUGCCGCCAGCGGCAGCAAUUGGUCGGAGGCCUUCCAGAGCAGCAGGCAGGGCCUGUAUGUGCUUCCAAUGCAGUACACCAACACCCUGCUGGCCGCCGACGAGCUGCUCAUCUGCGGGUGGAUGGGCGACACCUUCAUGUGGGAGCUGCUGGCGGAGCUGGACCACUCAGACCAGGGCCUGCCCGCAGGCAGCCGCGUCACGCUGUUCAACUCCCACCCCUGGACGCGGCAGCAUCUGGACGACCGGUGCCGGCAGUUCCACAUCCGCAACCUGGAUGUGCGCCACGUGUGCGGCGACCCGCGCAGCCGCAGUGCCAUGCAGCGCCAGGUAGACAUCUCCAAGUUCAAGGCAGCCAUCGUGGUGUGCGACUCGCUGUGGGCAGAAGGCGGGCAGGAGGGCGGGCCCGACACAGAUCGCGGCCUGCACCUGCUGUCCCAAGCGGAGAUGCUCACGCUGGAUGCCGCCAUGCUCAUGGUGCAGCUCAACAUCCGCCUGCUACUGGAGGAGGCGGGCCACCUCAACAUCAGCAUCAUCUGCGAAAAGCUGACCUAUGUGGGGGUGACGCGUUUCGAGGACGACACACGCCUGCCGCUGGGCGUUGCCGUCAACUCUGCCAGCUACGCCGCCAAGGCACUGACACAUGUGGCUGUCGAUCCCCGCUUCCUCAAGGCCUACAUGCAGCUGGGGGUGGAGAGCGACCUCACGGUGCAGGACGCCUCCUCGUUUGCCGGCGAGGGCGAGGAGCUGAGCUUCCUGCAGCUGCAGGCACGGGCGGCCUCUGUGCGCCAGGUGCUGCUUGGUUACUACCGGAUCCCAGCCACGCCCUCCCAGCCGCUGGAGCUGGUCAUCAACCCGCAGGGGCUGGAGGAGCGCACCAGGACCAGGGUGUGGAACGCCGGCGACUGUCGCUGCAAGCUGGUGACCCUGGCAGUGACGAAGCGCGCAGCCGCAGCGGCAGCGGCAAACUGGGAUGGCCCCCCAGCCACGUGCAGCAGCAGCAUGGCAGCAUCUUUCAGCAGCUGCGAUGAGUAA